CUUCACCAGAAAGAUGGAAAUGCGUUCUAGAUAAUCCUUCUAAAAAAAAACCUCUUACAUGAAUCUAAAUCGUGCAAAUUAUUAUCCUGAUCCUCGAAUAGGAUCACCAAGUGUUUAUCCAUGAGUUCAUCUAGUGAAUCAAACGAUGAAAAAGGAACAGCUUAUUUCUGGAAGUCAACCAGCAUUGAGCCGCAGAUUUCGCCGUUGAGUCUCCGUCAUGGUAUCGCUAAAGUAGCACUAGGAAGCGACCAUACAAUUCUGCUAACAUAUGACUCACAAGUAUUUACCACUGGCGACAACACAUACGGGCAAUUAGGAUUUGGAGAUCAAACGCGAAGAGUACAGAUUACAAGGCUUGGGUAUUUUGAGGGGAAAGAUGUUGUAGACAUUGCUUGUGGAGCGAAACACAGUGCUGCAGUUUGUAGCAAUGGACAGCUGUAUUGUUGGGGAGAUUCUAGUAGUGGACAGUGUGGAAUUGGUGAAGCAAAGUCAGCUUUUUCUCCUGUUUUAAUUAAGUUUGACCCUGAUUUACGACCAACUACGAGACCAAGGUCUAGACCAGUGGAUUCUGAGGAUGAAAAAAUCAGCCACACAUCUUCAUCGCUGGAAAGACCAUUAUCCCCACAUAUGAGUAUAAAAGUGCAUGUAGUUCAAAUAUCAUGUGGUGAUUCACACACAGUUGCGCUGGCUGCUAAUGGUGAAGUAUGGUCUUGGGGAGCUGGUUGUCAAACUGGGCACGGCACACAGAAUGAAUGCUUAAGAACACCUCACAUAGUUGAAGGUCUAAUUGGCAAAAAUGUUAUAUCAAUAGAAUGUGGUGCAUAUCACAGUAUGGCUCUUAUAAAGGAUCCUUCAACAAUUCCAAAAAUAGUUCCACAAAGAGUUAACAAAGAAUCAAAGGGAUCUAAAAAGAAGCCAAGUAGAAAAAUAAGAAGAUUUAGUCGUUCAAAAGAAUCUACCAAAGGAAAGAAAGCACCAUCUUUAUUGCAAAGCAGUGAAGUUCUGCCAAAUACUGAAAUAAGAAGGAGCUCUUCAACUAAAACAUAUUUAAGUUAUGAAGCAGAAGUCUUAUCUCAAACAAACCUCAUUGAAGCCAAGGAGCAACCUAAAACAAACCAAGCAGAACUAUUAAAAAUGAUCAAUGAAAAUCACAGAACAUAUAAUGUAAAAACUGAUAACUCAUCUCAUUCAGAAGAGGACAAGUCUGUAGAUAAAAGCAAUGAAUGCUGUGAUGAAUCUCAAAUUCCUUCAGUAAACAACACACCAGUUACUGGUGAUAUUUCAAGAUUAGGAAAUGACUUGACUACUUCAAUGGAUCCUCCUGUAAUAGAAAGCAAGUUACAAAUUGAAGCAAGUAUUACAGAAAAAGAAUCAUCUAGUAGUACAAUUAAUGAUAAUCAUGGCACUGGAAGCAUUCCAAUAAACCGCUUAAGCGUUAAUGAUAACCACUACAACAUUCCUGCACACCCUCAAAAAACACAGCUUGAAAGUGUAAUUUCUAGUUCACCUGAAUACUCUUGCUCUCCUCCUCAAAGUGGAUUUUCACACUCACACUUUGAUAACUCUGGUCAAGAUACUUUUGUGACAACAGAUGUCUCAGGUAGUCUUUGCAAGACAUCCUCCUUGUUUGAGAGUGUUGAACCAACUUCUCUGUCAAGUCUUGGAAGUAUUUCAGACUCAGAUGAAGUCACAUCUCCGACCACUGAAGAACAGCCAAGCUCUUUGAGUACAUAUCUGGGUAUUGGGAAUCUCUUAACCAGCAGACUUCGCCAGGAAAUGGACAUUGCUAAGAUAACUUCAGCAGUGUAUGACUCAGUGACAGGCAUGUUUAUGUCGCCGUCCAGUCUUCCUGUACAGGCUGAUAAAUCUGCUGUGCAUGGUGCACACUGCUCUGAGUGUGGAGUGUUAGGUUUUUGUGUUUGUAAUGGCAAGACAUCAGCACAGGAGACAUUUCUUCAUGAGGGCUAUGACACACAAGUGUGGACUUGGGGAAGUGGAGGCUGUGGUCAACUUGGACAUGGCGAUACUGAAGAUAGGUCACAACCAUGUUGUGUUGAGGAUCUAAGUGGGACGGGAAUUAUCAAAAUCUCUGCUGGAACAUUUCACUCUUUGGGCUUAACUGUUUUCUGUCAGGUAUUUUCUUGGGGAGAUAAUUCCUGUGGUCAACUUGGUCACAGAAAAAAGUCCCUUUCUGUUAGACCACGAAAAGUUAGGUGCUUUUCUGAUGUAUUGAUAUGGGACAUUGCCUGUGGCAGCCAUUACUCUAUAUUUAUUGGUGAUAUGGCUUUGAACAGACCAGAUGUUUAUGUUUGUGGACGACAGCCAAGUGACAUGCCUGUCAUUGCUGCUGCACUCAAGCAACUUCAUGAAUCUCAAUCUUCAAAAGAYGACAGCACUAUUCRAGCAAGCAUCAAAGCAAAACGUCCUUUAACCCAUUCACGUUCAUUUGACGACACCAAGGAAAGGUCACUUGGUGUUCGAGUAGAACUUGUCAGGCUUAUCAUGUUCAGGAAAGUGGGAAGUGUGCGCACUGUCUAUGCCCAAAAUGAACAUUGCUGCUGUUUAGCUGCCAGUGAUUCUACUGGGCUCUUAGAUGAACUAAGUGAGCUUUCCAGCCAAGAACGCUUCUUUUAUUAUCAGUUAGCUUUGAUUUGGCAAUCAGUAUUAGUUCCAGUCAUACAGUCAGAUUUGUGGACAAUAAUGUUCUCACAGGAUAGUGGGUCUGUUCUAUUGCCUGUCAUUCAAGGAUAUCUCAGUCUGAUGAAAUGUGUGUCCAACAGUGUUGUAUCUGUGACAGAAAUCAUACAAAAAUCCAAAACAUUGGACCAGUUGUUUGAUACUUGUUUGUCUGAUGAAUAUAUAAUGGCAUUUGAAAGGUAUUCUGAAUUAGUCAGCAAUGCUGUGGCAUUUGGUGUUUUCAUGCUAUUCACAAGUUUGUCACAAGACGUGGGUCAUCAGUGUAAAGCAGUAUUGCGGGAUCUCCUGGAAGAUGCUGACAAGGAGUUCAUCAGUUACUUUGAAGCAUUUCAAUGUGUGGCAAGAGUACCAAUGGUGCGAAUACAGCAUUAUGGGGAUGUUACUAAGAAACUACUGACUGUUUUACCAAAGGACGAUCCUAUGCACAUUAAGCUACAAAGAGUAUGCGAUUUGUGGGAAACACUUUCCAUUCAAGAUGAAAAAAGAUAUUUGUUAGCUGAACAAACCAGACUAUUUUGGGAAGACUGUCCAUCUAAGAUCGCUGAAACAUUCAAAGUUCCAAAUCGAAGACUUCUUCGAAGUAGCAAAACGCACCCUCUAUACCCCUCCAAGUCAGGGCGGUUCUCAAGUCCCACUUAUGUCCUAUUUGAUGACUACUUUGUCAACAUCCAGUCCAGUAAAAACUACCAAGCAUUACCUCUGAACACUUUGUGGGCUGAAAGAGUUGAUGAAACAGAGGGUCUUGUUCAUGCCAUCAAGAUAACCUCACCAGAAGAGACUUUGCUAGUAUGUGCUUCAUGUGAUUCUGACAGGACUGAUUGGCUAUGGACCAUCAACAAUGCUAUUGCCCGAGUCAUCUCCAAGACCACUGCUUACAGGCUUGGUAAAGAUGCUGUGAACUCACUGACUGGUAAUCUGUCAGCGGCAAUGGCUCGUGAGGCAGCAUAUACCUUCACACAGGAUUCUCGCUACAAGAACGCUACAUAUACUGGAAUGUGGCUAACAGGAAAACCGCACGGACGUGGAGAGAUGACAUGGAGCGAUGGUAGAUACUACAGUGGAGAAUUUCAAAAUGGCUUACAUGACGGAGAAGGUGUUAUGGUGUUUCCAAGUAACCCUGACAACCCUGCUGAGAGAUACGAAGGUCAGUGGCUGGGUGGAAAGAUGACAGGUCAUGGAAAAAUGAGGUACACUAACGGUGAUACCUAUGUUGGCAAUUGGCUGGACAACAUGAGACACGGUCAUGGUACCAUGAAGUGCGGUGCUUUGUCAUCAUCAGCAGCUAGUGUUUAUAUUGGUGAAUGGAUGGCAAAUAAACGGCACGGCUAUGGCAGCUUAGACAAUGUCCUUAAAGGCGAGAAGUACAUGGGCAUGUGGGAGAAUGACUGUCGUCAUGGCAAUGGUGUGGUUGUAACUUUAGAAGGUCUUUACAUUCAAGGGAUCUUUUUACAAAACAAAAUGAUGGGGCCUGCUCAACUAGUUUGUGAUGACAACACAAUAUUUGAUGGGGAGUUUUCAAGUCAAUUCUUGUUGGCAGGAAAGGGAACAUUAACUCUCCCUAGUGGUGAUUUUAUUGAUGGUACCUUCAAUGGACAGUGGGGUGAUGGUAUCAAGAUUAGUGGGACAUUUUACAAAAAGGAAUCUGACAGCAACUCAAAAUCCAAAUGUUCUGCUCCUGACGUCAAACCAGUGAUGUCACCGGACAGGAAGUGGAUGGCAUUAUUCAAACAAUGCCGUGAAGCACUUGGUUGCCAUGGUGAUCAAGAUGCAGAAGUGUCCACUGUUUGGAAGUGUGUUUCCAUGGCAUUGUUGAGCGGUCAUAAUGGUAAGAUACCUAGAACUGAACAAGACGUGAUGCAGGAGCUACUGAAUGUUAAUAAUGAGAUGGAAAGAACGGGAAACCAUUCUCUGCACGACUACAAGGCUAUACAAAAUUAUUUAGCAAAGGCAUUUGAGAUGAGUUAUCAUCCUCUGGGCCAACUAGUGUCUGGAUUGGUUGAUGUCUAUAGGGCUACCUAUGUUGGUAUGGGUACACACCGACGCUUGCUACCACACGCUGUAGCUGAAGCAAAGUCUAUAAUUCAUAGACUGUAUAACAUUGUAAGACUGCUUUUCGCAGACCUUCCCAAUGAAGAAUAUGUCCAUUUAGAUAAAGACACUUUAUCUGGCAUCUCUAAUCACCACACAGAAAUCUCUACAUCAAGCAGUGCAUUGCUACACCCUAUUGUACUACCUCUACUAUACCCACCAUUAUUCACUCUCUACGCUCUGCACAACGAACGAGUUGAUAGCCUGUACUGGGAACGACUAAUGCACUUAAACUGGAGGUCUGAUUUGGCACUGAUGAAAUUUGUUGGAGUUAAAAGGCAAUUUUGGUUGAGUGAUGAAGGAGAAUUGGAAAACUUCAGUGGAGAGAGUGAACACCAAGAGGCUCAUCAUUACGUGUCAGCCAUUGAAGCCUUGCAGCAAAUCAGCACUAAAUUGAGCCCUAUGGAAAAGUUAGCAGUGUUGAAGACAACGUUUGAAAAGAUUAACGAGGAAGUCCAUAACUACUGGAAGGGCGAAGAAAAGCUCAUCUCCCUUGAUGACUUGUUUCCAGUCUUUCAGUUUGUGACUAUCAGGGCUCGUAUUCCUCACAUGGGCUCUGAAAUUCAUUUUAUUGAUGACAUGGUGGACAGUCAUGUACAUGUAGGAGAACAAGGUCACAUGUUUACCACACUCAAGGCAAGCUUUUUCCAGAUCCAGAAUGAAAAAGGCUGACAAUUUUUCAUCGAAUUACAUCAAAAGUUUAUUUUUAUGUCUGCAAACUCUAUCGUUUUCGCGAUAUUUUUUUUUUCUUUUUGGAUAAAUCUAAAUAUGUACAUGUAAGAACAGAAACAAAAAACCUUAAUAUGUAAAGGACCAGAAAUACAAGAGUACAAGAACUAUAUUGGAAUCGAUGUUUCUCGUUUUACAUUUUGCCUAUGCACUAGCAACUUGUCAUGAAAACAAGAGGUUGCGAGCACUGUAUCUAACUAGAACAGCAACAAUAUUGCGCCACAAGUUAAUGUUUUUUGUACCUCGUAUUUCUCGGCCUUAAAAACAGAAACACAUAAGGGGACUAAAAUGUGUACUAUCCGCCGUCCACGUGUUCCAUGCUCCGUAACUAGAUUUGUCUAAGAACGAAUUUUUGUGUAAAAGUUGCUUACGAAAUUGAAGAAUUUCUCCUCAACCUCUGUCAAAAUGAGCAAUAAGUUGAUUUCCUGCACUUUCUAGCUAUAUUCAGUUGGGUUUUGGGUACAAAAUAUGGUAUCAAAGUCGUGUUGAUCAGGUUACGGAGCAUGUGCAGUGGCAUGAGACCGACACAAUCCUCUUCUGAGUUUCUUGUCAUCGUCAUACCACAUCAUCGGGAACUCAAGGGUAAUCUUCUGUCGUUCGUUCCGGAGUGAGAAACGAACGACAUAAGAUUACCCCUGGGUUCCUGAGGAUGCGUCAUACCACACUUCAUUUCUCAAGAGAAUAGUCAAAAUUAUUAUCGCAAAUUAGCUACGUUACAUGCAUAUUUCGCAUUUUAUUUAUUUUAGCCCUUUUUUUAACGUUCUUGGCAAAUAGCUGUAUAGACAAUUUGUGAAAAAGUGUGCAGUACUUUCUAUAUUUCCCGCUGUAUAAAAAAUUUUUAAAGAUUUUUAUCUUGUGUAAAUUAUUAUGUACAGCUUUGUGUGAAUAUUCGUAACUAUUAAUGACGAUAUCCUUGAAGAUAUUUAUUACAUCUUGUAGGGCUGGGGCCGGUUGUAAGAAGGGCGGAUAUUUUAUAAAACUUAUCCACUCCUUAGAUUUUGUAUGUGAUUUAACUGCUGGAUUAGGAUUUAUCCGGUGGAUAGCGCUAUUAUGGUAGAGAUUCAAUCUUCAUACAACCGGCCCUAUAGUGUUGCAGACGUUCUCUAGAGUCCACGGUUUUUAUUGUCAACGUAAUCCCGUAAAAAGGCAGCAUUUAUCAUGUUUAUUGGAUAUAUAUUUGUGCAUGUGCAUCGUCACGCAGUAUUUGAUGAAUACUUAUCACUGACCCUGUACUAGUAAGAACAAAUUGUUAUGGACAUGAAAUAUUGAAUUAGCAUAAAACAUGAGGUCCCUCGUGAUAAUUUCAA